CUCCUUUCUUUUUUUUUUUCUUGAAUGAAAAACUUUAUCACCAAUACCAUCUGUCUCUUGGCAACCUUGAUAGCCUUGAUUCAGGCCAUUACUGUGGAUCAUCCAAAAUAUAAGCCUUGUACGUUUGGCCGUGCCAUUGCCGGUCGAUACAUUGUGGAAUUUGAUGACACUUUUAGCGGGACCUCUAGACAAUUUUUGUCGGAUUUCGAACAAGGCAUGCAGCGCCAACGGCCAUCGUUUAAAUCGCAGCAGUUACGAUGCAAUAUCACUCAGGAAUACACCUCCAACGUAUUUCGCGGUGUCUCGUUGCGAUUAUCGGCCAAUCAGCAGCAGCAACUGAAUGUAUCAUCGGCUCAAUCCUCUGAAACCGAAUGGCUUAAAUACAUGCUGGAGCAACAUUACGUGAAACGAGUUUUUCCCGUAGUGGAAGUGCCUCGACCUGAAGCUGUAUAUGCAACUCGUGCGGCAUUUCCUGGAAUUUUUGGUCGCAUCGACGACUUGCCUUUCAGUCAUGGCAUGACCCAAGUGAAUCGGGUUCAUCGUGAACUUGGAUUGUACGGCAAAGGUGUUGUGGUUGGCAUCAUCGACUCUGGGGUCGAUUACAACCAUCCUGCACUCGGCGGAGGUUUUGGAAAAGGAUACAAAAUCCAGUUUGGUGAAGACCUUGUAGGAGACAACUACAAUGUAAAUGAUCCUGAUUCGAUACAACCCAAACUCACUCCUUUGGAUACAUGCAAAGGUGCCAAUGGUCAUGGGACUCAUGUCGCAGGUAUUAUCGGGGCCGAAGAUAAGAAAUAUAAUUUCACAGGAGUGGCGCCUCAAGCAACAUUGGGCAUGUGGCGUGUAUUUGGUUGCACAGGCUCAAGCACCAAUGAUUUAAUUAUCAAGGCAUUGAUUUUAGCUUAUGAAGCAGGAUGCAACGUUAUCAAUCUCAGUUUAGGAGAGACCAAUAACUGGUCCAAUGAUCCCACCGCUCUCGUUACCAAUCGCCUUGUGGAAAAGGGUGUGUCAGUGAUUGCAGCAGCCGGGAAUGAUGGUCGAGAAGGAGCGUUUAUUCUUAGUUCUCCCAGUACCGCUGUCCGUGCCGUAUCGGUAGCUUCGGUGGAUAACGCCUAUGGCCUGGAGCCAAUGAUGUUGCUUGAAAAUGGCGAGCUUUAUCCUUUUUUGGCUUCCAAGGAACACCCUAUUAUGCCCAAUGGCACCGUUGUGAGUUAUGACAAUUCUUCUACCGAGACCAGUUUGGCCUGCAAAGGAAGUCAUCCUUCUUCCGAUAUCCGAGGAAAGAUUGCCCUGGUACGACGCGGUUCCUGCACCUUUGACGAAAAAGCAACCACGGCCGCCCAAUUCGGUGCGAUUGCUAUUCUUGUGUAUGAUCCUGAUCAGGAGAAGGAAGCUUUCCAACCGGGCCUGAAGACGGGUCCCAUCCCUGCUGCUGGUAUCUCUCUCACCGCCGGUAAUAAGCUGGCCUCCUUGAGUCCAGUCGGCGUGGUGUUCAACAAAGAACUAUCGACGGUCCCGCUGUCGACGGCGGGCCGGAUUUCCGUAUUUUCAAGCGUUGGCCCCACCUUUGAAUUCAAUCUCAAGCCCGAUAUUGCCGGUGUAGGCGGCAUGAUCUUUUCUACUUUACCCCUAUCUCUGGGGGGUUACGGCACAUUGUCUGGUACAUCCAUGGCCACUCCCUAUAUUACUGGAUGCUUUGCAUUGUAUCUGCAAGCGCAUCCAAACACGGACCCUGCGACCAUUGCGGAGCAGUUCAAGAACUAUGCUGCCCCGGCACCGUACAAUGACACGUUUGAUAAUCCUUUCCGACAAGGCGCCGGCCUUGUUCAAGCUUUUGAUGCUAUUGAGCAAACUAUGCGUGUGUCGCCAUCGCAUGUGAGCUUCAAUGAUACAAACCACCGAAAGGCGCAAGAAAUCACCCUGAUGAAUAAUGGAAAUCGUUCGGUCACGUAUGAAUUGGAUUCGGUGCGUGCAGUCACACUGUCAGCGUUCAAUGGGACGCAAGAUUCUGUUUCAGUGAGAUCACCGGUCGGUUUUGCAGACCCCAUGGGCCGCGUUCUUAGCUCGGCCAGUAAGAUUACGGUGAAUCCAGGUGAAAAGGUCGUAUUUACUCUUGACAUGGCCGAUUCGGUCGAUCCAAAGAGCCUGUACCCUUUGUACGGCGGCUACGUGCGACUGAACCCUACCUCUGGCAGCGAGAAAACGAUCCAUAUUCCGUAUGGCGGCGUCAUGGGCGAUGUUAGCAAGCUGGAUAUCUUUGCUCCGCACUUUCCGUUUUUAGCAUUACCAAAAGACGUAGGCAGUGGGAUGAGCAAUACGACAUCGUUCCAUAUCAGUCCUCCCUCCAACAGUAGCGAUCCGUGGCUAGCAAUCCUGAUCCGUAUGAACAUGGGCACCGAGCGCUUGGAGACCGAUAUCGUGACAGACAACGGGGACGUUAUUGGCUACCUAGACUCUUACAGCUACCUCCCUCGCAACACCGACGAUGAAGACGACUACAUGUUUGUAGACUAUUGGGAUGGCACCAUUUUAAAGCGAGAAAAUUUCGUGGAUCGUACUAUGGUCAACAGUGGAACAUAUCGCAUGCGGUUCCGUGCUCUCAAGCUGCUAGCUGAUCCAGAUUUACCUGAAAGCUGGGAAACAACCACAUCAGUCCCUAUUGUCGUCUCUAACUAAAGGGCUGAUCCACGCCCCCACCCUCUCUGUAAUGAUUUCAAACUCCUACCGCAAACCUUAAUUUUUUUGAUGCACCUCUCUCCAUGUCUGUCAAAGAACAUGUCAAAGGAAGGACUGUGUUUAAAAGAGCCAUUGAGAUUUUUUUUU